CAAUAUCAUAAAAUUAAGCCGGAAAUAGAUAAGAGUUUAUUGGAAGUAGUUGAAUCGGGAGCAUUUAUAAACGGUUCGGAGGUUCAAACCUUUCAAAAAGAAUUAGAAGAAUAUUUAGACGUAAAACAUGUUAUUCCUUGUGCCAAUGGCACAGAUGCCUUACAAAUUGCUCUUAUGGCUCUUGAUUUAAAACCCGGAGAUGAAGUCAUAACCGCUGAUUUCACUUUUGCGGCUACAGUUGAAGUCAUUCACUUAUUGGGCUUAAAAUCUGUGUUAGUAGAUGUGGAUUAUGAUAAUUUUACCAUAGAUUUAGAGAAAUUGAAAGCUGCCAUUACGCCAAAAACCAAAGCUAUUAUUCCAGUACAUCUGUUUGGACAAUCCGCUCAAAUGGAAGAAAUUAUGAAAAUAGCCAAAGAACAUAAUCUUUAUGUCAUUGAAGAUACUGCUCAAGCCAUAGGUUCUGAUUUUAUGGAUUCAAAAGGUGAUAAGCAAAAAACAGGCACCAUAGGAACUAUUGGAACCACCUCUUUUUUCCCUUCUAAAAAUUUAGGUUGUUAUGGAGAUGGAGGGGCUAUUUUUACGAAUGACGAUGCCUUAGCCCAUAAAAUAAAAGGUAUUGUAAACCACGGCAUGUAUAAACGAUAUUAUCAUGAUGAAAUUGGUGUUAAUUCAAGGUUAGACAGUAUUCAAGCAGCCGUUUUAAGAAAAAAAUUACCUUUUUUAAAUGACUAUAAUCAAGCCCGUCAAAAAGCAGCCGACUAUUACGACAAGGCAUUUAAAAACCACCCUCAUUUAUUGAUACCUAAACGAGAAAAUUAUUCAAAUCACGUCUUUCAUCAAUAUACCCUAAGAGUAAAAAAUGGCAAGAGAAAUGAAUUGCAAGCUUUUUUAGCUGAGCAUGAUAUCCCCGCCAUGAUAUAUUAUCCCGUUCCUCUCCGAAAACAAAAGGCCUAUGACACAGGCGAUUAUAACGAUACCGAUUUCCCGAAUACGGAUAAAUUAAUAGAUGAAGUGAUUUCAUUGCCUAUGCACACAGAGUUGGAUGAGGAACAAUUAAAAUAUAUUACCGAUAAACAAUAUAAAAUAAAUUUAUCGGUUGUCCAUUGCAAUUUUCAACUGAGAGGAGAAGAUUCCGAUAAAGAUGAAGAAUUUAUUAAAGAUUAUUGUUCAAAGUAUGACAUUCCUAUUUUUAUAAAGAAAUUUGACACUUUCCAAGAAAAAACAAACCAAGAGUCUAUCCAAAUGGUGGCAAGACGCUUACGGUAUCAAUAUUUUAAAGAUCUUAUCAAAGAACAUGAUUUUUUUGCUAUAGCUACAGCACAUCACGCAGAUGAUAAUAUAGAAACUUUUUUUAUUAACUUAUUGAGAGGUAGUGGGCUACAAGGAUUAUCCGGCAUGAAAAUAUUAUCACAUCAUAUUUUCAGACCUUUAUUAAAUGAACCUAAAGAAGAUAUUAUCCGCUAUGCUACUUUUCAUCAAAUUCCGUGGAGAGAAGAUAUUUCAAAUCAAAAAAAUGAUUAUUUAAGAAAUACUAUCAGA